AAAAAAAAAAAAACAAACAGUUCAAAACCCAAAACGAACACUUCAAACAUUCACUACAUCAAAUCAAAACAACGAUAUAAUAUAAUUCAGUAAAUUCACCAUAUAUAUUAUAAUUGUUCAAUACCCAAAACUAAGUCUUCAAAAAUGGGUACCCAUAAACCAAUCCAUCAUCAUCAUCAUCAUCAUCAUCUCUCACAUUCUCUCUUCUUCUUCUCCAUAUUCUCUCUCUUCCUACCAUGUCUCUGUUGGGCCGGGCCCCCAGCCCAAUACUCCAUAACCGGGUUGGGCCCGGAAGAGAUCCAAUCAGAGAACCGGGUCAUGGAGCUCUUUCAACAAUGGAGGAAUAAUUAUACACACACAAAAUCAUAUGAGUAUAAAAAAGAAGAGUUGAAACGUUUCGACAACUUUAAGAUGAAUCUGAAAUACGUUUUUGAAAAAAAGGAGAGUCGGGCCGGGUUUACGGUCGGUUUGAACCGGUUUAGUGAUUUGAGUAAUGAAGAGUUUAGAAAAAUGUAUUUGGGUAAGAUUAAGAUUAAAAACCCGGUUCGAUUGAGUAAAAGGAAGCACACGCGCAUGAGUUCGUUGUUGGGAUGUGACGCGCCGUCGUUUUUGGAUUGGAGAGAGAAAGGUGUGGUUACACAAGUCAAGGAUCAGGGUGUUUGUGGAAGCUGCUGGGCCUUCUCUGCAAUUGGCGCCAUCGAAGGAAUCAAUGCAAUCAACAAGGGAGAACUCGUCAGCCUAUCAGAACAAGAGCUUGUAGACUGUGACAAGAAUAAUGAUGGCUGUGAUGGCGGUCACAUGGACAAUGCAUUCGAGUGGGUCUCAAAUAAUGGUGGUAUUGGUAGCGAAACCAAUUACCCUUACAGUGGAGGUGGUGGUGUCUGUACUGCCAACAAGGUGGAAAACCAAAUCGUAAACAUUGAUGGUUACGGAAAUGUGGAAGAAACAGAAACAGAUCUCCUGUGUGCCACUGUCAGCCAGCCUAUUAGUGUUGGUAUGGAUGGAUCAUCUAUUGAUUUUCAGCUAUAUACUGGAGGAAUAUAUGAUGGUACUUGCUCGAGCAAUCCAGAUGACAUCAACCAUGCUGUUCUGAUUGUUGGCUAUGGCUCUGAAGGAAACAACGAUUAUUGGAUAGUGAAGAACUCGUGGGGUACUAGUUGGGGAAUGGAUGGCUACAUCUACAUAAGAAGGAACACUAACUUACCAUACGGCGUUUGUGCAAUCAAUGCCUUGGCAUCCUUUCCACUACAAACAGCUACAACAGCUUCAUCCCCUUCUCCAUCUUCUACGCCAUCAUCUCCUCCAAAGCCUUUCCUACCUCCUCUCGCUCCUACUCCAUCUUCUUCAAUACCUCCUCCUUCGGAUCCUACUACACCUUCUCCAACAUCCUCUCCUCCCACUCCUACUCCAUCUUCACCAGCACCACCUCCCCCGCUGCCUUCUCCACCUCCUCUGUCACCAUCACCGCCUCCUCCACCACCACACAAUCCUCCUCCACAUCCUUCCCCACCUCCCACUCCCUCUCCUAGUAAAUGCGGGGAGUUCUCUUACUGUCUGCCUGGCCAGACUUGCUGUUGCCUUUAUAAAUCUUUCGGUUUUUGUCUGAUACAUGGUUGUUGUGACUACACCAAUGCUGUUUGCUGCCCUGCAUCAGACUACUGCUGCCCUGUUGAAUAUCCCAUUUGUGACGUUGACAGUGGAUUAUGCCUGAAGAAAUCUGAAGACAACCUUGGUGUUGAAUUGAAGAAGAAGCAGUGGGCAAAACACACACUAUUGACACUACCCUGGAGUAAACAUGAAGAAAGUAAGGAAAUGAGUUAUCAGCCUCUAAAAUGGAGGAGAAGCAGGUAUGCAGCAGUGUGGUGAUUGUAAAUUUGUAAUGAUUAUGCACAUCCCUUGUGAUGUUAUCAAAGUAGUGGUUGUUUUUUCCAUUCAUCUGCUAGAAAUUCAUGUGGGCAAUUCUCAACUUAGUUCUUUCAACAUGGUGACAUGCCAUUCUUUUUUAUAGAUAUGCUGAAGAUCUUGUAGAUCUGCAAUAAAUGUGUACUAUGUA